UUCAAGCUGAGCAAGAGAACGAAUAGGAUACAGUCUUUAAGAAAUAUUUGAAAAGCUGGUUUGAUCUGUGAUGCUGUGCUCAAGUUUGUAAUCAAUAAAUGACCCUCUCAUGUUUAUCACUUAUUCCUCGUGUUCCUGAGCUCUCCAAUAGUGAAGCACCUAAUUGGUCUCUUCUCAGUUCGCUUAGGCCCAAGAGGAAAGAGAGAGCAUUGCACUCACACCAAGCAACACUCACUCGGUACUGGUCCUCUCCUCUCCUCGCAUCGCCUCUCCUCUUCCCAUCUCUCCCCCUCUCCUCAACUCAAAAGCAAAACAGAUGGUGGAAAAGCAGCACAUCUGUCCUCUCGCUCUGCCACGAUAGAUCGCAUCGAGCUGGAGUCGAGCUUGGUCAUGUCCGCGUGCGAGAGCUGCUAAAGAUCCGGUGUGUUUUCUGGCUUCGCCUUUCACAACGGCUGCCGAGGGAGGACCGUGCGUCUGUCUGGGUUCUCCAACGAGCGGAGAAGAUGGCCGCCAUUAAGAUUUUAACCAGCGCGGGGCUUUUCUUGGCGGUUUGCUCGCUGGUCUUGUUGGUUAUAGCCAUCUGCACCGAUUACUGGUACGAGACGGAUGCCCGGCGGCAUCGCGAGCGCUGUAAGAACUACGCAAACAAGCGUAACGAUCCCGGAUACAUUUACAUCUCAAAUCACAACUUGCCUCUCCAGAUGCCUCCGAAGGGAUAUGAGAAGAAAGCGACGGAGGCGCGCAUGAAGCGGCACGCUCCGGCUUCGGCGACGGCCAUGGAGUCUCACUGUAGCCGCCAGUUCAAUUCCACGAUCUCCGGUCUGUGGAGAAAGUGCCAUCGCGAGGGCUUUGACCUGGAGACCGAGGAUCUCAUUUACAAAGGGUUGAUUCAGAGAUGCACCCCUGUGACGUAUCAUUACACCUCUUCAAUCCUGCCUCGAAACCUUCCUGUCAACAUCACCAAGACCAUCCGGCAAGAUGAGUGGCAUGCCCUGCAUCUGCGGAGGAUGACAGCAGGUUUUGUGGGCAUGGCUGUCUCUAUCAUCCUUUUUGGCUGGAUCGUCGGAGUGCUUGGAUGCUGUCAACAACAUGAUCUCAUGCAGUAUGUAGCUGGACUACUCUUCCUCAUGGGCGGAACCUGCUGUAUUAUCUCCCUGUGCACGUGUGUGGCUGGCAUUAACUUCGAGUUGUCGCGUUACCCACGUUACCUGUACGGCCUUCCGGAGGACAUCAGUCAUGGGUAUGGCUGGUCCAUGUUCUGUGCCUGGGGCGGACUGGGUCUCACCCUGCUGGCCGGUUUCUUAUGCACGCUGGCCCCUUCUUUAAGCAGCCCCUUGGCCCGCACCACAGUCCACAAAUCCAGGCAUGAAAAUGGGACUGUGUGAUCCGAGACUUCUGGAGCAACACUGCAGCAACAUUUUCACCAAUGUAUACAGCGUCUACAUAAGGACAAAGCAUCUGGCCUAUUCAUCAUCAUGCAGUAUACUGACUACAUCAUUUCUCUUUCCAUGUUCAUAUGACUCUUGAGCUCUUGUUGAUCACCGUUGUCAACACAACUUGUGUACACCGUCCAUUUGUUUAAAAGGUUGAAGCCUGUAAAUGGCCUGAACACUGCUGAUAAAGUCAAAUGGAGACACAAGCACAGACCUACGAGCAUCUUCCACAGUCUCACAUGUCUCACUCUGGUUCUUUUUGGCACAAAAAAAAAAAAAACAAUGAAAAUGUUCACCGCUCUGCUUCAUGACGAAGAAGCAAGCUGGAGGCGACUGUCUUCUCUCCAAGAGGAUAAAAUGGUGCUCUCUUUUCAAAAUCACACAACUGCACAGAAAUCUUGACAAAGACAAAUGCACAGGUUUUUUUAUAGCUGACUGACGGUGUGGAGGAUUGUGAGUCUGGAGUGAAGAGGGGAGCAACGGAAAAGAGAGAAAAAAGUAUUUCUGUCAUUCAAGCUUUGAGAAGCACAUUUCCCAAGGCCUCAAAGAGUCUGUAUGUGUAAAAAAUACUUUGUUUCUUCUAGAUUUCAGGUCUAUUUGUAAUGAAUAAUGCUUGGGGCAUAAAUGGAGCCUUUUCACUCUUUGUUAUGAUUGUAACGAUCCAUUUCAUGGCUAGCUGUUUUGAGGAAACUGACCAAAUUUGAAGAAUUUCUAGCCUGUGAAUCACCAACUUAAUGAAAAUGUUUUGGGGGUAUUUCUGAACAUCACUUCUCAUGAAGCCUUAUUGCUGUUAAGAGCACAACGUGAUUAGAAUCAAAGUUAAACGAGAGCUCAGCACCUUCCAAGCACAACUGAAUGUUGCUGAAUACUCAAGAUACAGUUUUUAAGUUUUUACAGUUUCACAAGCAAGAUUUUAAAGGAAAUUCAGUGUUGUUUAGCCACAAUAAGUGAAGAUAGAAAAGCGUUAUGUACAGAAUUUGACUGAAGAUGAUGACAGACCUGAAGGUUUUAUUCUAGUAAUAAUCUAGUAAUAUCUCUUUUUUUUUAAGUGAGUGUUUCCACAUUAUCAUGAAUAAUUCAUAUUGAUUCUUCUCUCACCAAUGGAUAUUAUUUAUUGAGGAUGCUACUUUGAAAAGCACAGUUUCCAUAAAUCAUUUACCAAUGCCUCACAUGUCUUUGCCAGAUGUACAUUCAAAAUCUCUUAGACCUCCACGGAUCCCAGAUCAAUUCUUGAGCACAAUGAACUGACAUUGAUAUUCACGGUGGGAUGAAACGCCAUAGAUAAUGUAAGACUUUAAAGAUGGCCAAUUCUGUGGAUGUAUUCCAAGUGCACAAUGUGGGAAAUAGGAAUGUGUUCAGAAAUUGUCAUUUGAGGGAAACUGUGGAGUCCAGUCUUUUUAGGGUAAAGCUUACAGCUGAUUGGCACAAACAUCUGUCACAUACAUAAAAUAAACAAAGCCAAAAGAACAAAUCCCUUUAGGUGGAUAGGAGAGUGUUGCAUUGAGUGGGACCUUUCUGAUGAACUGCAGAUAAGGUAUUGACUGAAAAUAUAGUGGCAAACAAGUAAUAAACACCACUUGGGAAAAGAUUUGUGAUAAACGUCUGGAAUUGGGAAUGUUUUGGGCAGGAUAAAAAAAAAAAGAGCAUGGGAAAAAAACUUUUCUAAUAAAAGCAGCUUCAGGUGUUUUGUCAUUUAUGGUGAGAUAUGAGAGACGUUUGUACAAAAGCUGCCAUAUUCUUUGGCAGUUGAAGUAGCACAACUUUUUUAUUUAUUUUUGAUUAUGAACUGUUUUUACUAGUUCAUUUCAUAAUUACAACUGGAGAAAACAAGUAUCAUUGUCUCGCAUGCCAUCAUAUUGAUUCAUUUCAGUGUAUUUAGAUUCUGUCAGGUUUUUUUUAUGAUUUUAUUUUAUGAAAUAAAAUGUAAGUAGCAUUUCAUCACGAGGGACUUUUUAUUUAUAUAUCAUUCAGUUUAUUUAUUAAAAUAGUUUUGAAUGUUCCAGCACACUUGGACUUCAGGUGCUAAAUGAACUAAGAACAUGCUUGGUUUAAAAAAUGUAUAUAAUAAUUAUCCUGCGUACAUGAAUGGGAGCAUAUGAGGCAGGUGGGUCAGGUUUAAUACACUUUCUAUUCUACACAAAUUUCCACAUAGAAAGGCAAUAUUUUAGUAUUUGCAUUACUGAAAAACAGUUGAUAAUUUGAAAUGGGGCACCCCCUAGAGGAUCUUUGUGGAACAUGUUCACUUUAAACCCUCAUUUAUAAUACACUACUAAAAUUAAUUUGUAAAGUCAAACAAUCAGCAUACAGCACCCAUAAAUCAGAAUGAAAGGUUACAAUAAAAAAAAGAUAAAGUAAACCAACAUUGACUUCCCAGUAAAUGAUCCUGACCUUUUAAAAUUUAACAUAAGAAAAAAAAAAAAAGGCAAGAUGAAAAAUUCUUUAUAUCUGUAAACAAAACCCAGGAGAUACAGUAUGAGAUACCCUGUAAAAAACAUAUGGGUCAAUAUUCUUUUGUGUCAGGUGAGAUUUUACAUUGAACAUCAAAUAGUGACCCAGCACAUUACCAAAAUUUUAUCUUACAAAAGUAAAGAGAAUGUUCUUUAAAAAUAAACUUUCAAAUGUAUUAAUAUAAUCAUGUACUGUUUAGAUCCACCUGUAUGCAACAUUAACAUGCCUUGGGCUGAAUGUAAGCAAUUUUAUGAAUAUGCUAGCAAUUUUCUUUUAACUUGCAACUUUUAACUUUUUUGAGUCAUUACCCAAAAGAUUGAAGACCACUGCCCUGAAGAAAGAUUAAUUAAAUUACAAAAAAAAAAAAAAAGAUCAAGCCACCUGGGCUGCUUCCCUCCUAGAAAAAAAA